AGUGAAUUGUUCCUCCCUAUAGUCUCAACGGCCGACGUUGAUCCCAGUUAUUUCACGGUCAUAUUUAGUAUUCAGAGUUUGCCUCAAUUUGCUACCGUGAGAAUUAGCAGAAGAAAAGGGAGAUCGAUGAAGAGGAGUGUGAAGGUGUGUGUGACCGGAGGUGCAGGCUACUUAGCCUCUUUUCUCAUCAAGACUCUUCUUGAGAGAGGCUACACAGUUCAUGCCACUUUAAGAAGUCUAGGCGAUGCUACGAAGGUGGAGCUGCUAAAAGGACUUGCUCAUGCUGAGACAAGAUUGAAACUGUUUGAAGCUGAUAUAUACAAUCCAACUGAUUUCGAAGAUGCAAUUCAAGGCUGCAGUUUUGUGUUUCACUUAGCCAUGCCUAUGUUGCACUAUUCGAAUAGUUCUAAGUACAAGAAUACUAGUGAGGCGGGAGUGGAUGCGGUGAAGAUCAUAACUGAGAGUUGCAUUAGAUCGAACACGGUGAAGAGGCUAAUCUACACUGCUUCCAUUAUGGCGGCGUCACCUCUAAAAGGUGACGCCUCCGGCUACGAGGACGUUGUGGACGAGACUUGUUGGACUCCUCUCAAUCUCUCCUACCAAAUGUACUCUGACUAUAUAAGCUCGAAGACCCAGUCAGAGAAAGAGGUGGCACGGUACAAUGGGAAAGGGAUAGAAGUGGUGAGCCUUGCCUGUGGGCUCGUUGGAGGUGAAACACUGCAAUGUUUCACCUCUGCGAGCAUGGCUGUGCUGAUUGCACAGGCCAUGGAUGAUGGGACAUUGUACAAAGGCUUGAGAUGUGUGGAGGAUUUGCUGUCCAAAGUGCCAAUUGCACACAUAGUGGAUGUGACUGAAGCACACAUUUUUGCAAUGGAGAAUUCAGACAUCAAUGGCAGAUUUCUUGUUGCUAAUGCUUUCCUCAAAUCAGCUGAGAUUGCAUCUCUCAUUCAGAAACUUCAUCCAGACAUAACCAUCCCACCAACGUUUGUUGAAGAUACAAAAAGGGAGACCAAAUGGGGUUCAAGAAAGCUGCAAGAUUUGGGAUUCCAAUACAAAUAUGAUGCAGACAAGAUAAUAUAUGACAGCAUUGUUUGUGCCAAGAGACUAGGCAACAUUGUUUGAAUUAAA